AUACAUAUACACAUUUGGAAGUCUAAGUAGGAUCAUUAAUGGAUUCUUUCAAUAGGUAAGUUUGUUCUAAUGGUAUCUGAUAGGCGGUAAUCUCAAAUGUAUGACUUCUAAUCCUCUAUCAGACAGGGACAGAACCAUUAAAUCAAUUCAAACUAUUCUUUAAUACAACUAACUUAUAGGAAGUAAUAAAUUAUUUGGCAGUAUUCGGCUGCAUUUAGGGAUAUAAUAAUUUAGUCACAGCGAAGACUGCAUAUCCUCUCCACCAACAAAUCCAGAACUUAGAUCCAAUCUCGUUUUUCCUUCCCAUCUCUUCCUCUUCUUCUCUUUGUUGAAAGCUCAAAAUAACGACAAUGGGAGCGCUAUGCAAGGUGCUUGACGCGAUUCUAUUGCUAAUGUUGGUGCUAAUCUCGGUUGCGGCUCCCUUACUUGACUCGCAGUCUGUUUUACCAGAGAGCAUAUACCCAGAGCUGCUGGUUCGUUUGAAUAAAUGGUAUGCAGGCGAGUACCAAGAUAUUUUCCUGCUGGAGAAGCCCCAUUUUUUCAGGGCCCUGCUCUGGCUGGAGCUUGCUUUCCAGUGGCCUCUCGCUUUGCUUAACGUUUAUGGGAUGUUGGCCUCCAAGCCUUGGCUCAACACCACCUGCUUUAUCUUCGGUGCCUCUCUUGUUACGUCCAUGGCUGCUAUAUUAGGGGAGUUGCUGGGAUCCCCCAAGGCAUCUGAUAAACUGUUGAUGGUUUACUCCCCUUUCAUGGGAUUUGGUAUUUUAGCCAUGCUGCGAGGGCUGGUUCCACACUCUGGCAAGGCUGCUCCAACCACUGGCAAAGGACCAGCACUGGCUAGGAAAAAGAGGGCUUGAGCUAACAUACAAAACUAUCUCUUCUCCAAAGUUUGUUAUUCUUUCUUGUCAUAUUUACAACAUUUUCGGUUUAUUUUGUAUGAUUAUUGCCUGAUUAUAAGUGCUUCUAUCUGGCUAAUGGAGAAAUGAAACUUGGACUUACUUUUUCUCACGAAAAUUAAUCUCUCAAGCCAAAAAGCUACAAGAACAUACUUUUGUAUUAUGCUCUGCAAUAUGUAAGAGAGUUUUACUAUUAUAUUAUGUAAUCUUUAAAAUUUAUAUACCAUGGAA